AUGGCUCCACACACGAGAGAUCCGUUCCCCACCCCCUUCCGCCGGGACACACACUGCACGCGCGAGAAAACCAUCCGCCAAACGGACUCUGGCUCGGGGCUGGGAGUAGCUGAAGGCAAGGUCCCUCGCCUGCCGGCACCUGCCACAAAUGGCUCCGGCUGUUUGGGGAUCGGGCGCUGGCCAGGCUGGGUCCGGCUCCUGGCUGCCUCUGGGGACACGGGCAGGCUGUGGCGGCGGCCCUGGACGGGGGACAAAGCACGGGAUGAGCCCAACCGCCCGCCGCCUGCUCCCACGGAGCAGACGCUCACGCUCACGCUCACGCUCACUACUGGCGGGGACCGGCAACGGAGGCGGCCGGCGCCGCUGGGGAAGCCCUCUGUGGACCACCCGCCCGCGGGCCCCACGCAGUCCACCCGGCCCGCUGGCAGCACCCGCAAAACGCUGCGCGCCGGCCGCCCUCGCACCCGCACGCCGCCUCGGCCCACGUGCCCAGCGCCCAGCGCCCAGCGGGCCGGCACGCCGUCCCCCACUGCCAGCGCCCGACGGGCCUGGCCAGGAGGGCCCCGGAGCGGCGCAAAAGGUCGGGCGGCUGCGUUGGCCGGGAAUCGAACCCGGGUCAACUGCUUGGAAGGCAGCUAUGCUCACCACUAUACCACCAACGCUGCACGGCCCGGGCCGGCCCGACGCGGCCGGCCCAGGGUGCGCUCCGGCGCCUUCUCGCCUUGGCGCUCUCUCGCCGCUGCCGCCGCCGCCCGGCGCAGCCCUGCCCCGACGUCCCGCCCGGCCGCAGCUCUGCCCGGCCACCACGGGCUCCGGCCGCCCGGCGCCCCAGCCUCGCCCCUCCGACUCAGCUGCGCCGGCCGGUCGCCGGGCACGCCCGCCCGCCCACCUACCUGCCCGCCCGGCGCCCCGCGCCCGGCGCCCCGCGCCCGGCGCCCACCGCCGCCCGCCUCUGGAGGGCGCUCUGGCCGCCUGGCCGCUCUCGGGCGCUCGGAGGCCGGCUGGGGAGCCCCGCCACGUCCCCGGCCCGGCGUCUUCCGCGUCCUCCGCGACGGGACCGGACCCAUCUGCCUCCCACCCGAGCGACACCCACGGCGGCUGCGCGGCUGGGCGGCACGUCGCCGAGGAGCUCGCCGUGGCUGCCGCGGGGACCACACGAGGCCCCGGCUGCGCGGUGGCCACCCAGCGUCCGGCCUCGAGCCACGCAAAGGGCUGGGGCCGGUGGACGGCGGGCAGGCCGGGCACGCGCCGCCGGCCGGACGACGGACGGCCGAGAAGAAGCGCCCCUGCCCCUCGGGAGCAAGAGGUGGGACCCAGAGGUGCGCAGGCCACCAAAAAGGGCGUCUUGCCUCCCCGUCGGGGAAUCGAACCCCGGUCUCCCGCGUGACAGGCGGGGAUACUCACCACUAUACUAACGAGGACGGCGGCGGCCGGCCACCCGGGCGCCCGACCCCUCUCCGGCUGCCUCCCCACGCCUGCCCCUGCCUGCUGCCCUCGACGCCCUGCCCUGCACAGGCGCCCGGCACGGGCCACGCCCCACCCGACCCCAGCCCCGCUUCGGCGCCCUCUCCCGCACGGCAGCCCCCGGCCCCGACUCGGAGUCCGCCCGGACCCGGGGCCCACACACGGACCCGGACGGCGCUCAGUACUCCCAACGAGCGCUGCCUCUCUCUCGUCUGCCAGGCGGGCAUCGCGCCGGGAGAAAAGGCCCCAGACGGCAAGCGGGGCUGCGAGGGCGAGGCCGAGGGCGAGGGCGAGGGCGAGGCAGCCACGCCACCCGGGCCUGGACCACACCCUCUCGCGGCCGCGGCCCGCCUCGCACCCGAGCACACGCUGCCCGGCACCGAGCUCCAGCCCCUCCACCCUCGCCGCCUCCGGCUUCCAUUGUCUCGACACCCUCCCGAGGCGGCCCACACGAUUCUCCACCUAGGGGCCUUCCCCUGGCCACACCUACCUGCCUGCCUGUCUGCCUCCCGGGAGCCAUACAGCGCAGCCGUCUGCUGGCCAGCCGGCGGCGCGGACCCCUCCCUUCUGUGGGCCUGGCUCACGAGUCCAAGCCGGGAAGACCGCCCGCCGCCUGCUCCCACGGAGCAGACGCUCACGCUCACGCUCACGCUCACUACUGGCGGGGACCGGCAACGGAGGCGGCCGGCGCCGCUGGGGAAGCCCUCUGUGGACCACGUCCGUGGACCACCAGGGAGCGACAGGCUGCGCGCCUGGCCUGCACCCCCUGGACCCAGCGCCUCCAUUCCACCCACGCGGCUCCGCUUGGGCCCCGAGGCCCCUGCCUCUGCACGUCCAGCCGCCCGCAGGCCCCACGCAGUCCACCCGGCCCGCCGGCAGCACCCACAAAACGCUGGGCGCCGGCCGCCCUCGCACCCGCACGCCGCCUCGGCCCACGUGCCCAGCGCCCAGCGGGCCGGCACGCCGUCCCCCACUGCCAGCGCCCGACGGGCCUGGCCAGGAGGGCCCCGGAGCGGCGCAAAAGGUCGGGCGGCUGCGUUGGCCGGGAAUCGAACCCGGGUCAACUGCUUGGAAGGCAGCUAUGCUCACCACUAUACCACCAACGCUGCACGGCCCGGGCCGGCCCGACGCGGCCGGCCCAGGGUGCGCUCCGGCGCCUUCUCGCCUUGGCGCUCUCUCGCCGCCGCUGCCGCCGCCGCCCGGCGCAGCCCUGCCCCGACGUCCCGCCCGGCCGCAGCUCUGCCCGGCCACCACGGGCUCCGGCCGCCCGGCGCCCCAGCCUCGCCCCUCCGACUCAGCUGCGCCGGCCGGUCGCCGGGCACGCCCGCCCGCCCACCUACCUGCCCGCCCUGCGCCCCGCGCCCGGCGCCCCGCGCCCGGCGCCCACCGCCGCCCGCCUCUGGAGGGCGCUCUGGCCGCCUGGCCGCUCUCGGGCGCUCGGAGGCCGGCUGGGGAGCCCCGCCACGUCCCCGGCCCGGCGUCUUCCGCGUCCUCCGCGGCCCGCAGCUAGCGGCCCGACCCGGCCCGGCCCGGCCCGGCGCGUCCCGGCCCGGCGCGGGAAGGAGCAGAGGGGGCGGGCGCCAGGCCACACCACCUCCCGCAUCCAGACGGGACCGGACCCAUCUGCCUCCCACCCGAGCGACACCCACGGCGGCUGCGCGGCUGGGCGGCACGUCGCCGAGGAGCUCGCCGUGGCUGCCGCGGGGACCACACGAGGCCCCGGCUGCGCGGUGGCCACCCAGCGUCCGGCCUCGAGCCACGCAAAGGGCUGGGGCCGGUGGACGGCGGGCAGGCCGGGCACGCGCCGCCGGCCGGACGACGGACGGCCGAGAAGCAGCGCCCCUGCCCCUCGGGAGCAAGAGGUGGGACCCAGAGGCGCCCGGCACGGGCCACGCCCCACCCGACCCCAGCCCCGCUUCGGCCCCCUCUCCCGCACGGCAGCCCCCGGCCCCGACUCGGAGUCCGCCCGGACCCGGGGCCCACACACGGACCCGGACGGCGCUCAGUACUCCCAACGAGCGCUGCCUCUCUCUCGUCUGCCAGGCGGGCAUCGCGCCGGGAGAAAAGGCCCCAGACGGCAAGCGGGGCUGA